AACAGCUGAUCUCGCGCAUCAGAGAGAGCUGCAGCUCCGCACGCGCUGAGGAGAGGUAAACAGAGAGAGAGAGAGGAGAAGAGUGUAAGAGAGAGUUUUCACGAGCUGCUCUGGUCUUCCAACUGCAUCUUUGUCUGUCUUUGUGAACAUUUUUCGAGCAAUACUUCUGAAGGACUAUGACGACACAUGCGCUGAGUUUGUUUUCUAAAAAGGAGCUGAAGUCGUUUCCUUGACUGGGAUGUUGUGUUAUUUGAACCUCUCUAACCUUACUUUGUCCUUGCUGCAACUGUAGCAGGUUAACAGUGUCUCUCUGCUUGUUUUUUGAAGACGUCCGAGCUUUUUUUGUCCACAGAAAAUCACAGCGUGAGUUCACUCACCUGCAUGGGAAUUUCCACCGGCGUGUGUUUCCCCUCCGAUCUGAAUCGAAUCUGAACUGACUGAGACCGUUUUGUAUCUGACUUUUUCUCCGGUGCUGAACGGAAUUGGAGGUUGCCACGCGGGGGAAAGGGGAAGAGGCUCGCGCGACGAGGGGAGCUGUCCGGUGCUGAACCCACGGGACUGGACAGCGGCAGUAGAGCUGGGAGCUGUCCACUGCUGAAAACCAACGCUUUGACUCAAGGACACAAAAUAACAUCGUUUGUCUUCUUUUUUUUUUGCAAAGCGGAAUAAAAGAAAGAAACAAGGACAAAUAUUAUAUUUUACUGGAUUUCCCACCAACAGUCUUGCUGGGACAAUAGCCAUACAGAAACAUACAGAUUAAUUCCCCUUCUAGACUCCACAAGUCUUCCAGCAAUGAGAUAUCAGAUUAUUUUUCAACACAGCAUCCAGCAAUCACACACACAAUCAUAGCCUGUUUAAAAAAAAAAAGCCAACUGAAUUUGAAUGAGUUAUGGUUAGAAGAACACACGUGGUCGUUUGAUCUUGAAAAGCCAUGUCUCCUCAGCACUUCCAAGGCUUCCCACUUAGAUAAAAUCAAGUUUUUAAUACAAAGUUCAAAGUGAGUUUAGAGAAGAAGGAAAAAAGAAAGUGUGUGUUUGUUUUGUAUGAGUAUAGGAGCAACUACCGUCCCAUCAUGCCUCGGUCAUUCUUGGUGAAGAAAGUCAAACUGGACGAUUUUUCGGCUGCGGAGCUGGAAAGCUCGUACAGUCACAGCCACAGAAGAGGGGAGCUCAGUCUGCGAUUCCAUCAUCACGAUAAAGGCUAUGUCAGUGAUUAUCUGAGUCCAAAUCCAUACGAUGAUGUGGUGGGAAGCGACUCAUCUGUUAUCUCUAAAGUACCCUCCCCGAGCCACUCGUCAAUCAUCUAUGACAGCAUCAACGACACCUACACCGGUAUCCAUGGUGACAUCCAUGGUGAUUCAGACCAGCCAGACAGCCCGCGGUCUGAAGUCUCAUCAUCAGCUGGUGGAUACAUCAACGGGGAUGAAGCCGUAAGUGAGGGCUACGCCGUGGACGCAUUUUUCAUCAUGGAUGGAAGAUCGAGGAGGAAAGCCGCGGCGAGUCCCAGAGGAUCGGCGCAGAGGCACACCUGCAGCGAGUGUGGGAAAACCUACGCCACGUCCUCCAACCUGAGCCGACACAAGCAGACACACAGGAGCAUAGACAGCAAGCUGGCCAAGAAGUGUCCUACAUGUGGGAAAGUGUACGUCUCCAUGCCCGCCAUGGCCAUGCACCUGCUGACCCACGACCUUAAGCACAAGUGCGACGUGUGUGGCAAAGCGUUCAGCCGGCCGUGGCUGCUGCAGGGCCACAUGCGCUCGCACACAGGUGAGAAGCCGUUUGGAUGUGCACACUGUGGGAAGGCGUUUGCUGACCGGUCAAACCUCCGCGCGCACAUGCAGACGCACUCGGCCUUCAAACACUACAAGUGUAAACGGUGCGACAAGACGUUUGCCCUCAAGAGUUACCUGAACAAACACUACGAGUCGGCCUGCUUCAAGGGAGCCUUCUCCCCCCUGAGCUCACUGGGGGAAUGAUGGAUUCAAAGGAAACAGCUGAGGUUAUUUAUUUAGAUCAGACUCACACUCUGCUUUUUAUGCUUUCCCCCCCGAAAGAUGACAAGUCGGCCUGAGCACUACGAGGGAGGAGCGAUUUCUGAAAAGGAUCGUGAUGCAAAUGACAGAAAUAGAUUGAGAACACGUCUGUUUUUUAUCAAGAUCCUUCCAUUUCCUCCUUUGUUACCUAUUUCCUUAUCUGGAGGGAAAAGAUUCCAAUGCCUGAUUUAGACUGUCACCUGCUUCGAUAGUUUACGUCCCCGUCCGAGGCUGUUCUGAGAAUCUGUGAAGAUAAAUAAAGCACAGCACAUCUAGCUCAUCUUUUUUGAAGAUACCUAGAUCUAUUUAUGUCCAUUUUCUACCCCUGCUUCCUUUUUAAACAACCCAUCACAAAGAAACAACUCUGAAGCACAAUUGCAUCUUCCAUCCCUCUGUCUUUCUGCGAGAGGCGUAUCACUGGAGUUUAAAGUAUUAAUCACGUCUUUCAUUUUCUUGCAAAGAGAUUAAGUGAAUUUAUAUUUUAUGCUCUCUUUUUUUUAAAAAAACAAACAACUUAACAUAAGCUCGGGAUGCAUCGGGGUAUCCUGUGCUUUUUGUGAAACUGGACUGAACAAAUGAGGGGAUGAAGCAUCAAAACACAGAAAGUAAAUGGCAUUUGCAAGUAUUUAACUCUCCAUUUACACAGUGACAUACUUUACCCCUUGUAUACUACACUGAAAUGUGGAGACAACGUGGAAACAACGUGGAAACCUGCCAUAAUGUAUUAUAUCAUGGCCAAGUCCAACAGUGUAGUGGGAUUUUUACUCUUAUCUGGACACAACAAAAUCAUGUUUUUCUUUUCCCACAGGUUAAUUUUGGCAUUUGUGCUUUAAACAGUAAAUAGUUAAAGUGUGAGUAGUGAAGGCAGACAAACUGGGCUUCCAGGAAAUGAUUAUCCGAUGGCUGAAAACAACCAGUGUUUUCCUCUUCCGUUUUUUAACUGUGUCAGUGUCACGUGAGGAUCCAGACAUUCAAAAUGCUCUCCUCAAAAGGUCAAACCUUACUCAAUUCUUGCAAAGUAAUAUUUCAUUUGCUGCCAGAGGAUCGCAUACAGUAGUAUUUAGCUUCGGGUGUCUAUUUAUUGCGUCAUUUAUUUAUUUAAUUAUUUAUUUUAUGUUUUUGUAUUCAUUUGCACUUCCUUACGUUGUUGGUUUUCUUUGCAUUUGUUACAAAUAUGCCAAAGCAUUUGACACUUUCUAUUUAUCGAAUCCAUUUUUUUAAGUUAACUUUCGUUUGCCACUUUAAUAAUUACGAGAAAUUAAACUGCAUGCAAAAAAUAAAUAAAAUAAUAGCCUAAUAAUGGAAUCUAUGCCAAUUUUAGGAAUCUUUGGAAUACUUUGCCAAACCUCUUAGACAACAGGCAAACCACGCAAAUUUCUGUCUUGGGCAAUAUUUUAUUGACAUUGGAAAGAGCAAUAAUGCAUGAUAUUUUUUUGGAAGACAGGAGUCAUACAGUAACGGCUUGAAACAGCUCAAUUUGUUCCAAGUACCACCACGCUUCUAUGUAGUUAUGAGAAAUGAAAUUUCAGGGAGUUAGUAAACCAAGUUAGUGUUAAAUACAGAGGGUUGGGUGAAGCGCUCUGUGUUUACAAGAGAUGUGACACUGUUGUGGGGUUUUUUUGAGGCCUUUGACCUUUGUGAAUGAUUUGGAGAGUUCUUUAAAUACUUCCUCAUCAAGCGACAACUCAUUUUGAAGCUUGGAGAAGACCCACAAUGAUCAACUGAGACCAGUCACUCCUCAGGAAAAUGUUUACUCACGUUAUAAAUCAAGUGAGAAGUCGAAGCUCAUUUUCCCAUUGACACAAACAGCAGAAUCCCUCCUUGUCUCCCCGGAGUCAAACCCUUAUCUGUAUAUUUUGACUUCCGCGCUGGCGUCCCGGGGGGGGGAAAACUGGACGACUUUGUCCAUUUUUCAUAUACGGUCUAUGAUCCUAACAUUGUUAUCUUAGUGACAUCUGUCCACGCUUCAGUAGUUGCCGUGGCUUCCAGGGAUUCACACAGAUGGCACAUACUCUUGUAGAUGGAGCGCUCUGGGUUGGGCUGGGACGGGUCUUUUUGUACAUGGUUUAUGCACUGCCUGCCUCGUAUUAUUAUUCUAAAAUAUUGUAGAAAGUAGAUGGUACUACUGUAGGCCUCUGGUGCUGAAACAUGGAUGAAAAUUCAAACCCAGAGCCAGGAUGAGUGAACAUUUCUGCGCUCAAAUGUUCCUGGUUUUAUUUGUGGGACGAUUGAAACGACCUUACAGCUGCUGUGGUUGGUGAGUGUGUGUGUCUCUGACUCUCAGCAGUCCUCUCAGAAGUGUCACGUUGCUUUAGAGUUUUUCAUUUGAGACGAGGAAAACAUUUCUUCCUCCUAGGUUGGUCAGAAUCAGCCUUUUUUUUUUUUUUAUUGUGGAUCUCAUCAGGGAAUGAGUUUUUACACCUUGGCUUUGGAUGAGACAUUGAUUUACAAACUCUUCACGAGGACUCCAGAGUCAAAUACAUUUACCUCCUCGCAAAGUUUCAGCCCUUUUUUCCCCCUUUCAUCAUAUCUCGCUGUUUGUCAGAUUGAUGUUGUGAUGUCCAGUGCAAUUUGAAGGAUUGUUGAGAGAGGAGAGACAUUUGUUCAAUAUUUCAGCACCAGACUGCAUUGACGAACACUUAGAUUCUACUAUGAACUACUGUAGCCUACUAUAGCCACAAGCUAGUUUUACGUAUUCUUAUAUAAAAGCACUUCCUCUUACAAAAAAAGUAUAUCUUGCAACUUUUUUUUUUUUUUCAAAGAUAGUAGCACAAUGAAAGAGUUAGAUUCAGGUAGACGAUGCCUCGUACAUAGAAAUAACCUUUUGCUCUUUUUCUACCGCGAUAAAUCGAAGGUUAAAACACCAUCAAAUCAACAAAGAUGUUGAUAUUAACGCGUGGAAAUAUAGGUCAAAAUGACACGCGGUGUAAAGUGACAACUUACUUACAUAAUGUGUCAUUUUCUGAUGUGCUUAUAUUUUUUUUUAGAGCGAAUGAAAACUGUUGCAACAAGAUGCUUUGUAAAUAAGCACUGAUGUGACUGUGGAGAUCGAUUAUGUCGACAGAUCUGUGUGAGUAACAAUGAUGAUGAUGAUGAUGAUGAUGAAAAUGAUUCAUUCUUCUGGAGCUUCUUGCUUUGGUUUGAGUUCUUCCUCUGUGGAUUUUUAAAACAAUGUAAAGCACAAAGACAACACCGGGCAUUUUGUUUCACUUCCUAAAUAAAAACUAGUUUAAAGA